CAUGGAGGCUCAGUAGUCGCCUGGUGUUCGCAGAAGACGGAGCAUCUGUGAUCCGCGUUUCUCUCUGUGUGUGUGUUUGUGUUCGUGUUCGUGUGACCUGGUCCAACAUGGAGAUGAAGAAGAGGAUCAGCCUGGAGCUGAGGAACCGGAACCCGGCGGAGGUGGCAGAGCUGGUGGUGGACAACUGUCGCUCUAGUGAUGGGGACGUGGAGGGACUAACGGACGAGUACACACAGCUGGACGUCCUCAGUAUGGUCAACGUGGGACUGACGUCUCUGUCCACACUGCCCCCUCUGCCCAAACUACGCAAGCUGGAGGUCAGUGACAACACCAUCUCAGGAGGUUUUGACACGUUGGCAGACAAAUGUCCAAAUCUGUCUCACCUGAAUCUGAGUGGGAACAAGAUCAAAGAGCUGAGCAGCGUGAAGCCACUGCAGAGCCUGAAGAACCUGAGGAGUCUGGACCUGUACAGCUGUGAAGUGUCCACACUGGACGACUACAGAGACAGCGUCUUCGAACUGCUGCCUCAGCUCACCUACCUGGACGGUUUUGACCAGGAGGACAACGAGGUCCCCGACUCUGAGGCCGAGAACGACGUGGACGAUGAGGCGGGGCCACUGGGAGACGAUGAUGACGAUGAGGAGGACGAUGAAGACGACGAGGACGGUGACGAAGGCUCAGACGAAGAUGAAGUGGGACUGUCCUACCUGAUGAAGGAAGGAAUCCAGGAUGAAGACGACGAUGGGGACUACGUGGAGGAGGACGAUGAAGAGGAUGAAGACGGAGAUGCAGCAGUUCAGGGAGAGAAGAGAAAGAGAGAAGCAGACGAUGAAGGUGACGACGAUGAUGAUGAUGACGAUGAUGAUGAAUAAACCACACCCCAUCCUCAAAAGAUCCCUCCCACCCGCCUCAGGUCCAGGAUCGAUUGCCCCCCACAAAACUCAUCACAACAUAUGAUGUCACACUGAGGGGGCGGAGUCUUUAACAGGCAAUGUGUGUGUGUGUGUGUUACAGUUAAAACCAAAUUAGAUUUUUUAUUAUCAGUUGUUUUUAUGAUCACUUUCAUUCUCUGACUUCCCAUGAGUCUCAGUUGCUGUUGCAGUUUGUUGCUAUGGCGAUGACUCCGCCCAGAAUCACAGCAGUGUGCUGUAAAAACAAAAGCCUGUUAGUGGCCCCACCCCCUCACAUCUCGCCCCUCCCACUCUGUUCUGUAAAUACUUUGUGUUUUUUGUGUUGAAGUUGUUUUUAUUGUUUUGUUUUUGAAUAAAAACAUCUGAAAAAAUUA